GCUGAAAUAGUAAAAUUUGUUAUUUUUGUAGAGUUGUUGCAGGCUGCUGAGGAAGUGUAUUCCUCCUGUGUUUUAUUUUCUUUCAGUAAAUGUCACUAUCUUAAACCUAUCCAUGAAAUGAGUUCUGAUACGUUCAUCAUCUUUAUGUGAACUCGCUUGUCUAACAGCUCCAUGAAGUACAGACCAUGCUUGUUUUUUUUCUAACCACAGAUUGCCUCGUUAUUUGUCAUCAUGGCCGAGAGAGUAAAAAUAGAAGUAUGCAACAGGACAACUAAAAAAAUAAUGGCUAUCUGGGAUCUGCAUGGAAGAUUGUAAUGACACAUGCACGGCAGAGGAACUCUUUAUGUAGAUACCGAAGUGAAUCCAAGGAGCAGGUGAGCUGCCAGAUACAUGCUGAAACCAUGGGCAGAACCUGGCCAGAAUGCCCAGUACUAGAAAAGAAGACUAAAAGGCAUUCCUAUAAGAGAGGAAGAGAUAAGGACAUAAAGCAGCAAAGUGCAGAUAGCGACCGGAAGCUUUAUCCCCUCAGAGGACGGCAGGGAACGAGUGACGUGGGUUCCUUAAACUGCUGUGUUCUACUGACUCGCUUAGAAGAAGGAGGAACUUGUAAGGGCAGCAUGAAAGCUGUGCCUAAGAACAAAGGGAAAAGAAACAUGAAGGUAAAGAAGGGAAGGACCAAACCCUGCAAGUGUCGGAAGAAGGGCUGCAAAACAUGCCAGUCGACACCUGGACCAAAAAGCCACCCCAAACUUGACAAAACUGCCUUAUACUUGGAACUGCUAGAACCUCGAAAGCGACGGUUGGCCUCUCUUAACGCAGAAGCAGUCAACAGCCUGUUGUUGUUUAGAGAGGAUUCUCAAAUGUCCAAAAAACAGCAGAAUUCUCAAAAGGUUGAUGGUGAACUCCAAAAAGGAGAACCUGACUGUUCAAAGAAAGGACUAGAAGGCCAAAAACGGACACAUCCAGGAGAACGAGAGGAGAAUACAAAUCCGAAAAAAAACAAGAAAACAAAGAUCGAGUCUGAACAUCUGGACCAGCUGAAUCUCAACAGUCCAACCCCAAGGCGUCUAGCAGGUUUAAAUGCGGCUGCUCUUCUGAAACUAACUAGCACCUCAUCCGGAGCGAAACGGCGAGCGAAAACGGACACCAAGCCAGGCAGCGGAGGAGCACGAACAAAACAACUGCAGGGAAAAAAUAAAAAACAACAGAGCCCACCAUGCCUGUCCAAGCCGCCGGUAUCUCCACAGUGCUGCAACCUCUGCAAGAAGGAGGCGCUCAAGACUGACACUUUGUGGGAAGGCACUUCCGGGGGCCACGACUUCAUCAAACCUGGAUACCAAUGCCGGUCUAUGCUGAACUAUUCAUUGAAGCCUGUGAAAGAGGAGAAAACUGAGACUGAUGUGAAUUCAUGUUACUGCUGUUCCCAAGAGAGAUCUGUGGAAUACUGUCACCGGUUAGCCCUGUUCCUUGGCCAGAAGGCGUAUCCCGAAUCAGAACAGCAUCCGUUGCCUUCUGUAAAAGGAUUCCUUCCGUCCCCUCACACACUAACCCACCCAGCUUUGACCCUCGGCGCUCAUUCUUACCCAUGCUACCCUGGUUACUAUGUUCACAUUGCGCACCAUGGGACAUCCUCACUUCCUGUAAGUACAAGUCCUGGACCCCAUGCGCCACCUUCCGUACCUCCUAUUACACUGUGUCCUACUGGGGUCCAGAGACCCAAACUACUGCCCUCUCCAGUGUCUCAUCCUUCAGCAAUUCCUCAUCCAGUGUACUGCAACACUGUAGGGACGUGUUACGGAGAAGCGUGCAGGAUCAGCGGCUGUGCCUACAGACACACUCAGCCCAUCGCUAACAGGGGCUGCUCAUUCAGUGCCGGAUGCUCCAGCUGCAGCCACAAAAUCAAGAUGGAGGACUACCCCUACCCACUGGACAAGCACAGCCCCUCUAUUUCCAUGCCCCCCACCUUGCCCCUGUCUGUCUGCCCAAUCCCCAGCAUGCCUGCUGCCACCCAGCCCAUGCCGCACCUGCAGUCUCCUCUGUCGGACACUGGGUGUCCUCAGGUCCAGUUGCAUGUAGGCCGAGAGUGCCCUCAGAGUGCCAAGCCGCCCAGCAGCUCUCGCUCUGCGAUACGGGACACAGCUGUCUGCCCCCAUGUGAAGGAGGGCCAGCUGGGAGCCAGCCAUGGCAGUCCAAGCACCAAACAGGCCAAGAUCAGUCGGCGACGGGCCACCAACGGCUGGCUGCCUGUGGGCACAGCCACUGAAAAGGAGGUAUUCAUAGUGGGCGAAGAGACACCAGCACUACGCAGGUGCUAUGAAGGAGUGCAGAGAGACGGAGAAGUAAUCAGGGUGCGAGACACUGUGCUGCUGCGUUCUGGCCCCCGAAAGAAGUCCCUCCCCUAUGUGGCUAAAGUGUCUGCCUUCUGGGAGGACCCCGAGUCAGGGGAGCUGAUGAUGAGCCUGUUUUGGUACUACCGUCCAGAGCACACUCAAGGGGGCCGCAAUCCCAGUAUGCACUGUGAGAACGAGAUUUUUGCAUCCCGGCAUCAGGACGAGAACAGCGUUGCGUGCAUCGAGGAUAAGUGCUACGUCUUGACAUUAGCACAAUAUUGCAGAUUUUGUGCCUUGGCGAAGCGUCGUGAGGAGGGUCAUCCCAAAAGUGCCCCCCCGGUCCCUCCGGCUCGCAACUACACCAUUCCAGCUCAUCGCAGCGUGCCCGCUGACAUCGACCCCGACCUGGUGUUUGUCUGUCGCCAUGUUUACGACUUCCGUUACGGCCGCCUUCUGAAGAACCUGCAGUAGCGCUAGUAGUAGAAACGUUUGCUAUCGUGGAGCCAUACACUGAAAAACCCAGAGUCCAUAAGGUGAAGAUACAAUCAAAAUCCUAAUUAAAGGAAUUCCUGAAAGGCCACAGGACUGUCAAAAGUUAGGCUGCUCUUUCCAGACUCUGUACUUGUACAAGCUGAAAUUUUAGUUUGCUGUUUUAGCAGAAUGCUAUGUUGAGCACAACCUGGGACAGAUUUGAUGGCCGAUGUGUGAUCUGUAACUCCAUGAAACUGCUUAUAUAUUUAUUUGGCUUGUCAAUAGUUAUAUUUUAUAUUCGCCGGAUUUGUGUGUGGAAGAAAAAAAAAUCAAAGUUGUAGGUACAUAUUUAAGGGGUACCUUAAAUUAUGAAUUAGAACUAUAAGUGUGCCCAUAUUGGCUGUAGAGAUAUUUAUUUAUAGAUAUAUGGUGGAUAUAUUUAUUUUUAGAACAAUUAAAUAAAUGGGUUCCCUAGUUAAGUAGACAAGACCAAGAGUACUUCCCCAAAUCGACUCUUAACCAAUCAUAUACCAAUUAGUCCAUACCAUGCAGGACCAUAAGAUUCUGGUGGACCAAAUACCCCAGAGUUCCUCAUCUAGCAGUUGGCUCAUUUUUGCUAUCAAUUGACCAAUUAGACUUUUUGAACGAACUCUCAUCCUACUAUAGCUCGUGAGGACUUGCCUUACACCUUCGAAAAUGAGUGUCCCGCCUCCCUUCGUCACAUCCUGCCUUCCCAGCAAACCAAAGCUUUCACACGGCGCCGCUAAACAUACGAGCCCCCUCCCUCCGGCCAUCCUAAGUUUGCACUAAUCUGUCAUUCAGCGAAUCAGGCGUUUGAUUCAGGCUGAAACGUUCACCUGCUACUGACUUUAAAUGGAGGAAAAAUACUGUGUAUUUGUUGUACGUGUAAAUACAGAACAGAGAGAAUUAAUGUCUCCGAUUCUACAACCCGAGGGAGGUGAUCUGUCCCAUUUCCGAGCGCGUGAAUAGAAAAGUAUUGCCUUGCACACACACUUCUGCUUUCAGUAUGUGCCAUUGGUCCCCACCCCACCCCCAGCGUUACCUUUAGAUACGCUUGUUUCAUAUACAAGAUCAAUAUGAAAAAAAAAGCUAUUUCAUAUGGUCUUUUUGUGCCUUUAAUAGUAAUAGUCUGCUGUGGAAAAAAAAGAAUCAACAGGAGGUUUUCAUCCUCCCAUUCAUGGCUCUUUUGCUUCCUUUUAUUCAGCUUGGUUUGUAUCAUGCAGCAGUUUGUGAUAACAAAAAAAAAAAAAAAAAGCCAUUCCUUAUGAGUCUCAUUGCACUAUAGUGACCCUCACUCUCAACUGCUGAGAUAGAAAAAAAAAAGAAGGGGAAAAAAUUGACCUGGAGGUCAAUUCAGGAAUAAUAGAGAGGCUAGACAAAAUCUGUACAAGCUGCAACAUUUUCCAGGCAGCACUAUCACCUGGGUGCAUUGGACCACUGAACUGGAAUGAGCCCUUCCAUUUUUGCGAAGAGGAAAGCAUGAUGUAAGACGUGUCCUUUUCUUCUACUGAAUCAAGUACAAAAGUUUGACAAAGCAUGAUUUCCUGCUGUUAGGAAAAGGCUGCUAUGACUUUCUGAUCCAAUUCACUUCACUCAGCGAAGGUGAACUCGCGUAUCUGAAAAAUCACAUUUAAGCAGAGUAGAAGGCAGCUCUAACUGAGAGGAACAGCUUUCCAGAAGACAUGCCUUUUUUUUCCUUCUCAUGUAAGGCCUUGCAGUGAACAAGCAUAUACUUGUUAUGGUUUUCAUUCAUAACAUAAAUGUGCUUCAGCGCUCACACACACACAUGCGCACACACACACACACACCAAGUUUUUCAUUAACUAUCCAUUCCUCUUAACUAUUACAAAAAAAUGUAUAUCAGUCACACGUGUAUUGUUGUGAUAGCUAGAAAAUGUGAUUUCUGUACUAGUUUAGUACGCACAUGACUCCAGUCAGUGCGUAAGAUACCCAUGUUUGACAGUAUUGGCCAAAAUGUACAGCAUGAAAGAAGGCAUAUCACUUCCUUUUAGGUUUUCAUCUACCAUUUCUUUAUAGUGAGAUUUUUUUUUUUUUUUUUUUUUUACAGUUAUUAUUUAGAGAAACAGCAAUUGGACAGUAAAAUGUCUCGUGGUAGGUAGCACAACUGAUAGAAACUGUUGUAAGUUUAUAGUGCUAUUAGAGAUGAUGGGAUCAUUCAAUUCUUUGAAAUCUUUUGUAUAGUGUGUAGACAGUCCCUACAGUCCAUACAGCACUUUCUGGGAUUUUCUUCAUCAGAGAUUUUUCAAUUUUCUCAAUCCACAGUGUUUAUUAUGAUAUUGUUCUUUCUAUGGUCAGUUAUGAAGGUACUAGAGUUCAUGAAUUGGCUAAACAGAAUGUCUUUGAUAUGAUUAAAUCAGCAUUUCAUAUCCAAACCUGACCGUAUGGAGACUAAUAGUUUGCACUGAGUGCAGACAAUAAUAAUAAUAAUAAUGAAAACGUCUAAUACUCUGUAUGAGAACACUGUAUGGGAGAUUAAUGAUGUCCACAAGGCGCUGUUGUACAUUUUGUCGACCUAGCUCCAAUCAUGUAAUGACUACGAGGAUAUAUUAUUAGCAUGUAGUCAGUACAGUCACGUCAUGAUGCUCAGUGUACAUGCAAAAAAAAUCCUUUGGCUUAAGGUCCAUCACCGCACUUUAUCACUCAAUCUGAUUCCAUUCCAAUAUUUCACCCUCUUUCAUAAAAAAACGAUCCAUUUAUUUAUUUAUUUUUUCCAUUUACUUGUCGCAGCAUUGUAAACAUUGAUUUAAAAGUCUUACAUAGCAAGUACUGAGUAUUUUUGUUCUUCCUUCAGCAUUGUGAAUUGUCAAUUGCUUUAGUAGAAAGUUCUGGAUGAAAUCGUAGAGUUGUGUUCCAAAACGGGCCUAGAGGAAGUGGGAGAUAAUUCUAAGAUGUAAAAAAAAAAAAAAAAAAAAACCUUCACCAAGCGCUUUACUCCUUCGGUGAUGUGAGUGUGUGGGUGUAUGUGUGUGUAUACAGAUAUAUAUUUCAAUGCAGCAUGGAAGUACUGGGCAUUCUUGGAAAUUAGUCCCUAGCACAGCGCAUUUGUAUUAUUUAAGAUUAAAAAAAAAAUGUAUAAGAGGAAAAUAUUUAAAUGGAAUAAAUAAUAUAUGAGUUUCA